AGUCGCAGCGGCUCCAGCCUCCAGCUCGCUCACUCGCUCUCAGUGCCCGGAGCCGGUUGCCCGGCUCAGGGCGGUUCGCAGCUCGCGCUCCUGCCGGGGAACCUGAAGCCUCUCCGGCUCCGGGGCACAGGACCGUGGGACUGGCUGGCCCGAGCCCUGGGCACGCCGCGGAAGCAGGGCCUGAUGGCGCCAUCCACGGUGGGCCUCCUUGUCAUCUCCCUUCUGCAAGCCGCCCUCACUCUGAACCCUGAGGACCCCAAUGUGUGUAGCCACUGGGAGAGCUAUGCCGUGACUGUGCAGGAGUCUUACGCACACCCCUUUGAUCAGAUCUACUACACACGAUGCGCAGAUAUACUCAACUGGUUCAAGUGCACCCGGCAUCGGAUCAGCUAUAAGACGGCAUACAGGCGUGGCCUCCGGACCAUGUACCGGCGAAGGUCCCAAUGCUGCCCUGGCUAUUAUGAGAAUGGAGACUUCUGCAUUCCCCUGUGCACUGAGGAGUGUAUGCACGGCCGUUGCGUCUCUCCAGAUACCUGCCAUUGUGAACCUGGAUGGGGAGGCCCUGACUGCUCCAGCGGUUGUGACAGCGAGCACUGGGGUCCCCACUGCAGCAAUCGGUGUCAGUGUCAGAACGGCGCCCUGUGCAACCCUAUCACCGGUGCCUGCGUGUGCGCCCCUGGCUUCCGAGGCUGGCGCUGUGAAGAACUCUGCGCACCCGGUACCCACGGCAAGGGCUGCCAGCUGCCUUGUCAGUGCCACCACGGCGCCAGCUGCGACCCGCGCACUGGCGAGUGCCUCUGCGCUCCGGGCUACACCGGCGUCUACUGCGAGGAGCUGUGCCCCCCUGGGAGCCAUGGAGCUCACUGUGAACUACGCUGCCCCUGCCAAAAUGGGGGCACCUGCCACCACAUCACUGGAGAGUGUGCCUGCCCUCCAGGCUGGACGGGAGCAGUGUGUGCCCAGCCCUGCCCACCAGGGACAUUUGGCCAGAACUGUAGUCAGGAUUGUCCUUGCCACCAUGGAGGCCAGUGUGAUCAUGUGACUGGACAAUGCCACUGUACAGCUGGAUACAUGGGGGACAGGUGCCAAGAGGAAUGUCCCUUUGGAACUUUUGGUUUCCGGUGCUCUCAGCGCUGUGACUGCCACAACGGAGGUCAAUGUUCACCGACCACAGGUGCCUGUGAGUGUGAGCCUGGCUACAAGGGCCCUAGCUGCCAGGAGCGGCUAUGCCCCGAGGGCUUGCACGGCCCAGGCUGCACCUUACCCUGUCCCUGUGACACUGAGAACACUAUCAGCUGUCAUCCAGUCACUGGAGCUUGUACCUGCCAACCUGGCUGGUCAGGCCACUUCUGCAACGAGUCCUGCCCUGCCGGCUACUAUGGCAACGGUUGCCAGCUGCCCUGCACCUGCCAGAAUGGCGCUGACUGCCACAGCAUCACUGGGGGCUGCACUUGUGCCCCAGGCUUCAUGGGAGAAGUGUGUGCCAUUCCCUGCGCUGCUGGGACCUAUGGUCCCAACUGCUCAUCUGUAUGCAGCUGUAGCAAUGGCGGCACCUGUUCCCCUGUGGAUGGCUCCUGCACUUGCCAAGAGGGGUGGCAGGGCCCGGACUGCUCCCUGCCAUGUCCCAGUGGGACAUGGGGCCUGAACUGCAAUGAGACUUGUGUCUGUGCCAAUGGGGCAGCCUGCAGCCCUUCUGACGGCUCCUGCGCCUGUACCCCAGGUUGGCUGGGGGACUCCUGUGAACAGCCCUGCCCAGCUGGCACGUUCGGGCUGAACUGUAGCGAGCAUUGUGAUUGCAGCCAUGCUGAUGGCUGUGACCCUGUCACAGGCCACUGCUGCUGCCUAGCAGGAUGGACAGGCAUCCGCUGUGACAGCACGUGCCCCCCAGGUCGCUGGGGCCCCAACUGCUCAGUGCCCUGCAGCUGUGAGAACGGAGGCUCCUGUUCUCCAGAGGACGGGAGCUGCGAGUGUGCCCCUGGCUUCCGAGGACCCUUAUGUCAGAGAAUCUGCCCACCAGGGUUCUACGGCUAUGGCUGCACCCAGUCUUGUCCUCUCUGCGUGCACAGCAACGGCCCCUGCCACCAUGUCAGUGGCAUCUGUGAGUGCCUGCCAGGAUUCUCUGGAGCCUUGUGCAACCAAGUGUGUGCCGGAGGGCACUUUGGGCAGGAUUGUGCCCAGCUCUGUUCCUGUGCCAACAAUGGGACCUGCAGCCCCAUCGACGGCUCCUGUCAGUGCUUCCCUGGGUGGAUCGGCAAGGACUGCUCACAGGCCUGCCCAUCUGGGUUCUGGGGCUCUGCCUGCUUCCAUACAUGCAGCUGCCACAACGGGGCGAGCUGCAGCGCCGAGGAUGGGGCCUGCCACUGCACCCCUGGCUGGACUGGACUCUUCUGCACGCAGCGUUGCCCUGCAGCAUUUUUUGGGAAGGAUUGUGGGCACAUAUGCCAGUGUCAGAAUGGAGCCAGCUGUGACCACAUCACUGGGAAAUGCACCUGUCGAACAGGCUUCACCGGGCGCCACUGUGAACAGAGAUGUGCCCCCGGAACCUUUGGAUAUGGGUGUCAGCAGCUAUGUGAGUGCAUGAACAAUGCCACUUGUGACCAUGUCACUGGUACCUGUUACUGCAGCCCCGGAUUCAAAGGAAUCAGGUGUGACCAAGCUGCCCUCAUGAUGGAUGAACUGAAUCCCUACACCAAGAUCAGUCCAGCUUUGGGAGCAGAGCGGCACUCAGUGGGUGCUGUCACAGGCAUCAUCCUCCUGUUGUUCCUGGUUGUGGUAUUGCUGGGCCUGUUUGCCUGGCGACGGAGGCGGCAGAAAGAAAAAGGCCGUGACUUGGCUCCUCGUGUCUCCUACACCCCAGCCAUGAGGAUGACCAGCACAGACUACUCUCUCUCAGAUUUGUCUCAAAGUAGCAGUCAUGCCCAGUGCUUUUCCAAUGCCAGCUACCACACACUGGCGUGCGGGGUGCCUGCCACCAGCCAGGCCAGCACUCUGGACAGGAACAGCCCCACCAAGCUCAGUAACAAGUCCCUUGACAGAGACACAACAGGCUGGACCCCCUACAGCUAUGUGAACGUGUUAGACUCCCAUUUCCAGAUCAGUGCCCUGGAGGCCAGGUACCCGCCCGAGGACUUCUACAUUGAACUUAGACACCUCAGCCGCCACAAUGAGCCACACUCACCAGGCACUUGUGGAAUGGAUAGACGUCAGAACACAUACAUUAUGGACAAAGGCUUCAAAGAUUACAUGAAAGAAUCUGCGUGCAGUUCUAGUACUUGUUCCUUGAACAGCAGUGAAAACCCUUAUGCUACAAUUAAGGAUCCACCCAUCCUCACCUGCAAGCUUCCAGAAAGCAGCUAUGUAGAAAUGAAGUCACCUGUGCACAUGGGGUCUCCGUACACAGAUGUGCCAUCCUUGUCGACAUCUAAUAAAAAUAUAUAUGAAGUUGAGCCCACAGUCAGUGUGGUCCAAGAAGGCCGAGGUCAUAACUCCAGCUAUAUACAGAAUCCAUACGACCUACCUAGGAACAGUCAUAUUCCUGGUCAUUAUGACCUCCUCCCAGUAAGACAGAGCCCUGCCAAUGGGCCCUCCCAGGACAAGCAGUAAGAAGGAUAAACUUCUCUCUUAAGUGUGCUCUGCUGACUAUUCUCUGACUCUGAAAGAAGAAAUUCCGUGACUUGAAAUAUCAGUACAGAUUGAUCUGGAUUGAAAGAAGCACUUCCAAAUGGGAUUGGGGUAACUGUUCAAGGAGUCUGUUCACAAAGGCAAAUCAUAUCACCUUCAGCCCUAAGUGCCCUGGAUAUAAUUUUUAAAACAUUUAAGACAUCGCUACUCAUCAACAUCAGCUAAAUUCAGAUAAAAGAUAUGUAUUUAAUAUUCUGAAACAACGCUUACAAUGCAUGUGGCUUAGGUUUUGCAAACUUUUCUAGGAGAAGAAGGGGACUGGGGAAUGGAGAGGGGCACUUUAGAGCACCUGAAAAGUGUAUGUGCUGUUGAUUAUUGUUACCAUCUGCUUCAGUAUCGAAGGGAACUGGUGCGGGGAUAUGAAUUGUUCUAAUAUUAAUAGUAAAAUCUGUGUACAUACAGGUAUGGUCCAUCAAAGUAUAACAGCCAUAAUCAGAGUUUAAAAUAUAGCAUACUUCUGACAACUUGCAUUUUCAAAAAUAAGAAUUUAAUAAAGACAGAGUCACUUUCUUCUAUCCCAUCAGUGAUAGGAGGCAAAACAGAAAGGGGGAGAAAAAGAGUAAUUAUUUCAAAAGUGCAGCAGUUUCAUUCAGUCUAGAAUGGUUUCUAUGCCUGCUUUACCAAGUCUUGUCAAGAAUAAUGAAGGCCAGUCCUGGCCUGGCUGCACUGCAUUAAUACGCCUAACACUGAGUCAUUCUGUGUGUACCAGAGAACUAAGCUGCUACUUUAAGAUAGUAGUCACAGGGCUGGGAAUGUAGCCCUGAGGAAGAACGCUUGGUGGUGAGUGGGGCCCUGGGGUAGAUCACCAGCAUCAUAGAAAAGGUGUAGGCUGAUAAGAAUUGUUUCCCUAGAAACAAUCCAAAUGGCCCAAUUUACUUAGUUGGAGUCCCUUGACUUGUUUUCAAGCAGUUCUUCAUAGAUAGCACUUGAUGUAGCAUGGACCCUAAAAGUGUACAAGAAAUUAUACAAAUGUGGGCAUGGCAAGCUUAAGUAGCUUAACAUACAUUAUGCUUUUUGAUGGAACUAAAUGAAAUAUAUGUAAAAAAAAAAGGAUUUUAAAAACC